CGCGUGCUGGUGACUGGGGGCAACACGGGCAUCGGAUUCGCGCUGUGCCGCCAGCUGGCCGCGGAGCACGGGUGCCACGUGUACCUCGGCUCCCGCAGCCUCGACAAGGGUCGCGCGGCCGUCCAGGCGAUCCUGGCCUCGCACCCGAACGCAAGGUGCGAGCUUGUCCAGAUUGACACUGGCAGCGACGAGUCCGUAUCCGCGGCGGCUGCGGCAGUGAAGGCGCUGCUGAGUGGCGACACCCUGUACGGCGUGGUGAACAACGCGGGAUGCGGUCUUGCGCACGGGGUCGACGCCGAGACGAUGGUGAACGUGAACCUGUUCGGGCCCAAAAGGGUCAGUGAGGCCUUCAUCCCGUUGCUCAGCCCAACGUUGGGGCGGGUGGUCAACAUCGGCUCAGGUGCAGGCCCGAUCUACGUGAGGUCUUGUGGUCCAGCGGCGAAACAGCAGCUGUGUAAGGAGGACCAGACCUGGGAGGAGAUCGAGGCCCACCUCAAGUCCGUCGACCCGAAGAGCACGCCGAUGAACGGCUACGGGCUCAGCAAGGCUCUCCUGACGAAUUACACUAGCUACCUGGCUAAGAAGAGCCCAAACCUAAAGAUUAACUGCUGCUCUCCUGGAUUCAUCGACACCGCCAUCGUGAAGGGGAUGGGCGCGAGCAAGACUCCGGAGGAGGGCACCUUGGCUGCGAAGCACUUGCUGUUUGGAGAGCUCGCCGGCAACGGUUGGUAUUACGGGUCGGACGGUGUCCGCAGUCCCCUGCAUUUCAUGCGCAACCCAGGCGAGCCAGCCUACGACGGGGUGGUGCCCGAUUUCGCCACGCGCGUGCUGGUGACCGGGGGCAACACGGGCAUCGGAUUCGCGCUGUGCCGCCAGCUGGCCGCGGAGCACGGGUGCCACGUGUACCUCGGCUCCCGCAGCCUCGACAAGGGUCGCGCGGCCGUCCAGGCGAUCCUGGCCUCGCACCCGAACGCAAGGUGCGAGCUUGUCCAGAUUGACACUGGCAGCGACGAGUCCGUAUCCGCGGCGGCUGCGGCAGUGAAGGCGCUGCUGAGUGGCGACACCCUGUACGGCGUGGUGAACAACGCGGGAUGCGGUCUUGCGCACGGGGUCGACGCCGAGACGAUAGUGAACGUGAACCUGUUCGGGCCCAAAAGGGUCAGUGAGGCCUUCAUCCCGUUGCUCAGCCCAACGUUGGGGCGGGUGGUCAACAUCGGCUCAGGUGCAGGCCCAAUGUACGUGAAGUCUUGUGGUCCAGCGGCGAAACAGCAGCUGUGUAAGGAGGACCAGACCUGGGAGGAGAUCGAGGCCCACCUCAAGUCCGUCGACCCGAAGAGCACGCCGAUGAACGGCUACGGGCUCAGCAAGGCUCUCCUGACGAAUUACACUAGCUACCUGGCUAAGAAGAGCCCAAACCUAAAGAUUAACUGCUGCUCUCCUGGAUUCAUCGACACCGCCAUCGUGAAGGGGAUGGGCGCGAGCAAGACUCCGGAGGAGGGCACCUUGGCUGCGAAGCACUUGCUGUUUGGAGAGCUCGCCGGCAACGGUUGGUAUUACGGGUCGGACGGUGUCCGCAGUCCCUUGCAUUUCAUGCGCAACCCAGGCGAGCCAGCCUACGACGGGGUGGUUCCGAAGUUCUGA